UGGUUGAUCUUCUAGUGAAUCGCUGCCAACACCGCCGCCAUGAUCUCCCUCACUGACUCGCAGAAAAUUGGAAUGGGGCUGACCGGGUUUGGGGUGUUUUUCCUUUUCUUUGGGAUGAUGCUGUUUUUCGACAAAGCCCUCCUCGCCAUUGGAAAUAUUCUGUUCGUCUCUGGUCUUUCCUUUGUCAUUGGGCUGGAGCGCACAUUCAGAUUCUUCUUCCAGAGACACAAAGCAAAAGCCACUGGUUUCUUCCUGGGAGGAGUGUUUGUGGUCCUGAUUGGCUGGCCAAUCAUCGGCGUUGUCUUGGAGAUUUAUGGUUUCUUCCUCUUAUUCAGGGGUUUUUUCCCGGUGGCGGUCGGCUUCAUCAGACGAGUACCUGUGCUCGGCUCUUUGCUCAGUUUACCAGGAAUCAGUUCGCUGGUGGACAAAAUUGGGGAGAGCAACACGAUGGUAUAACAGUGGGCUGAAGAGUGUCAGUAUUUAUCAUGGCUUCUAAUAGUGUAUAUUUUGGUUUUUGCCACUACAUUACUGUGAACCAACAUUUCUGUUCUGCACAGAAGACACACUUUUAUCUGUGGACAUUUGACUAGCAUGAAGUUUCUCCUGUCGGAGGGGAAACAGUUUUGUAUCUGACUGCCACAUGGACACAGUUACCGCAGUUUUUUUUUACAAUAAGGUCAGAAGAAGGUCUCUCCCUCUUUUUUUUUUAAUCAUUCCAGUUUGAUAUUGAUGGACUGAUCAUGUGGGACCACUGGAUCUAUUUGUAGCAUCCACUCCUUCAGACUACGUGCCUGCAAAGUCACUGAGAGCAUUGUUGAUUUCCUCCAUGACGUGUUACUGCAAUUUUGUACAUUUGAGAUGAACAAGUGAAAAUGUCACUGACGUAAAGAAGAAACCUGAGCUGUUGUAGAAAAAAGAUGUUGUGGAGAAGUUUUACUGUAACUUUUGUAAGUGUGUAUUUGAAAUAAAUUGUCUUUCAUAAUUUG